CCAGCCCCAUAUCACAGACCUAGGGAAAUGGGUUCUUCUUAAUCUGGACCCAAGUUUCUCUUCUAGAGGUUCUGAAUAGUUAGCUUUGGCCACUAUUCAUUAGCAUUAGCUGUUAGCAGAGCAGAUUUAUAAAUAGUUUGAGGGGCCUGUUUGUUUCAUCUGUCUGACAUUCGACACCGACCGUCUGUUGAAUAGCGGGCUCCAUGUAAUAGCUGAAGCCCCCCAGCAACAGUCACCAGUUUCCGAAAAGUAGAUUUCUCCUAGACCCUUCUUCUAAACAGGAAUCUGACAAGGCGCUCCGAGCCCUUAGAGGGGAUGUAUGGACGGAGGACUGGGUUGAAACAGCAUGUUGAGUAGACAGGCACAGAGCGGUCGGUCAGUAAGCUAUCUGAGAGGGCUCUGUUAAGACAACAAAAGGCCUGUCUUCCUGCAGCUGCUGGCUUGACACAGACUGCUGGUUCUUCUCAGGACAGACUUGUAUUUGAGGAUUUACUAUAAGAUCACUUUAAAAUUAUGGAAUACAACAGCUGAAGGUCACACAGAAAGCUGCGACUCCUGUUGCACAGAUGCAAUGCAUCUUAUGGGCCUCCGGGAUUACAACUACGUUUUUGGGGCCGCAGCAGCAACUCCACAGACACUGACAGGGGCCCUCGGGGAGUCAAAGCACAGUCCAAGCUAAAUACCGUGGGAGUGGCUGUGCACAAGACAUGAGUUGUUUCUGACUGAGUGAGUGAGUGAGCGAGUGUGUGGGAGUGUGUGUGUAGUGUGUGUGUGUGUGUGUGUGUGUGACUGAGCUGUACACAUGACGACGGUGGAGAAGCGCCACUCCAGCCGAAAGGGCCGGGGCCACAGGAAGCACAGCAGCGGCGGCUUGAGCGACACAUCCAGUGGAGGGUCCUUCCUGGACGACACGGACCGGGAGGUGAGCAGCCUGACGGACCGGGCCUUCAGGAGCCUCUGCAUCGGGGAAGAAGCCGUCUACAACGACUCUGACUUGGGCUCCUCGCCAUCCGCCCUGAAGGAGAGGCACCAGGCCUUCAGCCAGGAGAUCAUAGUCGCUCCGGACAGCCAGGUCAGGGAGAAGCGGGACAGGGACCCCGUCAAGGGAGCCGCACAGCGGAGCUUCAGCCUCCAGCGUUGUGGCCUGGGGGGGGGUGAGGCCGGGUGGGAGAGGGAGCAGGAGGGGAGGUCGUGGGCGGGACAGUACAGGGUAGGGACUCAGGGUUAUUCGGCGUGGGAGGGGCAAGGGGAGGGGAGGGUGUCUGCCACAUUCCAGCGCUCCUUCACGGAUGUGUCUCAGCAGGAGAAGAGCCUGAGAGAGGAAAGACUGUCCUUCCUGAGUAAUGGAGGGUCCGACCCGAGCUGGCAGCAGCGCCGCAGCCGUUCCAGAGUCUCCUCUCUCAUCAAAGCCUUCAGCUCGGAGGGCUGUAGCGGUGGGGACGGGGGGGUGGAGGGGAAACUCAAAGAGUGGAACAAUGAGUGCUCGUGGGACAAGUCAGCUCUGAUGAGCAUCCAGAGAGAGCUGUCUGAGUUCUCUACAGCAUACAACCAGAACUUCCCCACUGGGCCCUUUCCCACAGCUGGCUCAUUCCCCCAACAGACAGGUCCCUUCCCUGGCAGUGGGAACAGUCUGUACCCCUCCGAGGUGUCUUCUACUGCUACAGCCUCCUUUCUAAGGUCCUCCCAUGGUAAAAUCAGUAGUAAACAUAGCAUGUUCACGCAGCUCAACUCCACCUCUAACUUCUUUCUCCAUAGUGAGUUAAGCCCUUUUCAACCCCUGUGGAGAGACAAUAACAGGUUUCCCUUCCACCAGGGCUAUGUUGCCGGGUUCAUGACCUCUGCAGACUUCCCUAAGUGGUACGAUUCACCCAUGUACAAGGAGAUGACAUUGGAACAGCAGUUCCAUGGCUUUCGCGGAUUCACAGAGACAGGGUCCAGACCCCAACAUAAGCCCCUGGAGGCGGUUGCUCCUCCCCCUCAACUCCGGUCCACCUCCACAAUGCUGCAGAAGGCCUCAGCUGUGGAGAAGCACUCAGAUUAUGAGUCGGCAGGUCACUGUCCUCCCUGGAAACGGGCCCAGAGUGUGGGUUCCAACAGAUAUCCCUCCCUCCGGCCCUCCACAAUCUCUCCCACCAACGAGAGGCCACGACGUGGCCAAGAUGCCGUCAGCUCCCUGAAUGAGUUCCGGCGCACCGAGCAGGUCGCCAAGUUGACCGCAGAACAGAGUGUUACAAUGCUCAUUAACAGCUCAGCGCCGAGGGACGCGGUGGACGGCAUCGACAACAGAGCGACUUCCUUCAGCAAUAAAGUUAGCACAGUGGCAGUGCAGCAGGCUGUAGUCACUAGCAACACUCCCUUCAACAUCACCCAGCUGUUGACCCCUGUCAUACACAACCAGCAAGACACUGAAUCCACCCCGGAGGGUCUACAGAUGGCCCACAAUCAGCCGGCCAUAAUGGGAGAGAGGGAGAGAAGAGGGCCCACACCAGAAGUGAGGAUGGCCAGCUACAAGUCCAGAGCGUCCGGCCUCCUCUUCAACCUGAAGGACAAUCGGAAGAGAGUGAAAAGCACCUACAGUCCCACCAAGUUCACAGGCAUGGAGGUGACUGGCAGGAGUAAAUCUAACCUGGGUGGUUAUGGCCUCAGAGACACUGUGGUAGAUAACCUGGAUGCCUUAGACAUCGUUGUUCCACAGUUGGCUGGAGAGAGGGAGCCCAGCGCAGUAUGUCAGCCCCAAACCAACCCGCAGUGUGACCCUUCAAGGCAACCUACCACUGCACACCAUCUCCAACACCUAAAUUACACAGACACUAGUGAAGCAGGGGCCUACCAGGCAUUAAGGUCGUCCCAGACUAGGGAGGAGAUGGUUCACCAUCAGGAGUACCGUGGAAACUACCAUAACAGCAAUCUGCCCACUACCCAUCAGAAUGACCCAUGUGAGUUGGCCAUCCCGUCCCCUGCAGUCAUAGAUAGUAUCCAAACCAGCGAUGUGAACAGAACCACAGAGAGAUACUCAAAGGGAAGUGGAUAUGAGCAAGUUAGAGGGAAACAAUAUGGUUCCAUUGAUGCCUCCUCUCAAGAAAGUUGGAAGCAGCAUGUCAGUAACACAACCUACCAUGGCAGAGAGACGUUUGGCGUAAACGAAAGAGUUACAGACAUGCGUCCAUGGAAAGGGGAGAUUGCUGCUCUAAUAGAGAAAGACAAACAGUCUCUACUCUCCCGCACAGCAGCUACAAUGAAGCAGGAACCAAAGCAGAACUAUGAUUGGAAUGUAGUAAAUGGACAAGAUGAAAUGAGAGAACCAGGGAAGCAGUACGUACCUGAAGGAAGGGUGCAUUCAGCAGCUGAAGUUUUAACAGGUCGAAAUAGCCUUCCACAUAAAGAAGUGCGUCCAAUUUCUGACUAUACAAAGAACCAGAAUGAUUGGUGUAGGUCUGCGGGGCAAGACAACAUAAAAACAAGUGUGAAUUUGGAAAGUGAUAGAACAUACGCAGUCCGUAACACCUUCACAGAAAGAGGACAACCUGUUCAUGCAAAACCACAUGGCCUAUGGGUGGAACAGAACAAAAGACACCAAGUAUAUGUCAAUAAAGAACAAUAUGACCAGGAUGUACAGUGGAAUUCUUCAUAUAAAAAUGACAACAGACAAUACUCAGCCAAUGCUUCAACAUCAGCUCGAUGGGGAAAAGAUCACAGUGAGAAUACAGACAACACUAUUACAAUGCUACAUCAGACAGUGGGCAAAUAUCCAAGAAAUGAAGCAUUUACUGCAAAUGACCUUGAUGGGAUGCACAUGAAAGUGCUAGCUAAAGCAGAGAAAGCCAAUGUUAAAGCAGAACAAAUGAAAGCAGAGUUACCUAAAGCAGAACAUUCUAAAGCAGAGAAAGCUAAAUCAGAUCUAAAAAAUGCAGAUAAACCUAAAGCAGAGCUUGCUAAAGCAGAAGAUACAUUGGCGCUAGCUAAAACUGAAAACACUAAAGCUGAGUUAUCUAAAGCUGACAUAGCUAAAGCCCAAGCAGUAGUAGCUCAGACAGAGCUAGCUAAAGCAGAGCUAGCUAUAGCACAAGCUGAACUAGCUAAAGCAGAGCUAGCUAAAGCUCAAGCAGAACUAGCUAAAGCAGAGCUAGUUAAAGCUCAAGCAGAUCUAGCUAAAGCAGAAUUAGCUAAAGCUCAAGCAGAAGAAGUUAAAGCAGAACAUACUAAAACAGAACAAGCUGAAGCGGAGUUGGCUAAAUGUAAAAGAGCCAAAGAAGAGAAAGUGAAAGCCGAGCUAGCAACAGCACAUUUACCGAAAGCUGAGUUAGUUCAAGAAAAGGUAGCUAUAUCUAAAGCAGAGUUAGCUAAUGCAGAGAAAGCUAAACAUUUUGAACAAACAGAGCAAGCUAUUAUAAAGCCUGAAAAAGCAAAGAAUGAUGAUCCUGCUAAGUUCACAUCUUGGUCAAACAGCGAGGAUAGAUAUGGUAUAAACGACAUCCUCACAACAAGAGACUAUGAACAAGUGAAGAGAGAACGACUAGGAGAGAAAAGGUACAGUGUCAAUGACGCGGUUCCAACAACAGUUGACAAAGUUUCCAAUGAGAUCAUAUCCACACAGGCAGAGAUCAAACCCCCCCUGCAAAAAGAUGUUGCCCCCAUCAGUAGCUAUGAACAGGAAGACAGGGGGCAAGAUGAAUAUACCGGAUUCCGAGAGCAAAAUGGUUUCAGUCAUGAAGUUUCAGCCAAGGAAAACAAACAUCGCUCUAUUGAGGUAGCUGCAACAGAUGAGAGCAAAAAGAUUGAUUCACCUGCCACUAUUAACCAUGAAACAGCAAUAACAACUACUGGAUACACAAAGGAUGAAAGUAUCUCAAACCAAAGACUCGGCACCAAAGUCGAAGAGCAAGUGCUGGGAAAUCAGAAGGAGAACAGUGAGAGAAGGAGUGAGGGUCCAUGGGUUUACAGUGAGUCAUCCAAACAGUUCAAACUGGCGAGUCAGACUGAGAGUAGGAGGAAGCCCUCUGACCAGAGCUUACCAUUAAGUAAAGAAGUCCAUCCGUCCUCAUUCAGACCUAUGUCACUAAAGGAGAAAGGCCAGACAAAGCAACAGCUACUGACGUCAAAACUAAAGGCUCAAGCUGAAAAGGAGAUCUCAGCGAUCAAAGAGAAAGGUUUUGGUAAACAAGAUGGACUCUUAUUGAGAAACCCCACCAAGCACCUGGAACAGAGAGAGAGAGGUCAGAGUGGACAGGAAUCAAAGAUAAUAAAACAUUAUGUAUCCAAGGGUCAAACAAACAAUGAUUUAUGUAUUAACAACGCAACAGCUCAAUCACAACAUAAAGGAAAAGCUACAAUUGAAGAAUCAACUGUUAGCGAUGAUCAGCAGUCAAUAACAUCACUGAAAGGGACCAGAAACAAGUCACAGGUCAAUGAUGGAACGGAAAAGGACAUGCUUCAGUCAACAGAGGUCAAAAGUCAAAAUGAAUAUAAUUCAGAUGAAAUUUCUUGCAAAAUGUUUUCUGGGAAAAGUGAGUCUGUUUCAGAAGAUGACAGUUUGCAGAUAAUGGGGAUAAUGGUGACCAUAACUGAACCCUCACAGGAAAAAGAGGAUGGUUUUAUCACACAACAAAAAGUAAAGGGAAAUGAAAAAAGGGAAGAUGAGGCAAUACAAAAUAAACUUCCCUACAACAAUUCAGAGUCUGAUCCAACCAUUACUCCCAAAGCAGAUCAAGCAGCUUUAUCUAAAUCAGGUGUAUCAAGCAAAAGGCAAGAUAGUGCAUUUGCUGACCAUGUAAUUCCAGAGAAGACCAGACAGCAAACGCAACUGUCAGAUGGGAAAGCUGAAAUUCAAACAGAACACGCUGCAAGGGAGAGUAAGCAAGUUACUCUUGCACCCGAAACAACAAACAGUUAUCCAGAAAACACUGAGAAGCCUCCAUCGAAUGGGAGCGAUCAGUUUCAAAAGGAAAUUCUAGUCCAUGACUCCUCUGCAGUUAAAGAUGGACGCUUUGCAGAGGUCAAACAGGCUAAAAAUAAACAGCUGGCUGAAACUCAACCUCUUUUCUUUAAACAGGGUAUCACUGAAAGUAAUAACCUUACCACUACUGAAAUCAUUGGCAAAGGCGACAGCAGCUUUCAAGAUGCCCCAGUGGAGAAUAUACACAUAGGCAGUAUUGCAGUUUGUGUUGUUGCAGGGACACAUCAGACUGAUAACCAACAAAACACUGAAAGUCAUUCAGUUGCUAAACAUGUUGUUUCAGGAGCAGAAAAACCCACUGGGGACAGUAAUGUGCACAUUGAUAGUAUUGCCAUUCGCGUUGUGUCAGGGGUGACUGAGAAUGAAAAUGGAAAAACAACAGCAAAUGAGAAAGCAAACAACUCUGCAGAUCCAACCGGUGAAACAUCAUCUUUUAAACCAGAGGUGAGUUCAAGACAGAAGCAACUGCCCACUGUCCCUACUGCCAUCGCAGACUACGCCAGACUAAAGGUGAUCUCCACUGAAGAAGAUUCACCUUCUAAAACAGACAGUCCAAGCAGAGAGGAUGGAUAUUUUCCCAUGAUACAGACUCGCCGCAGUAGACGCCCAGUGUUUCCGCCUGAACAACACGAACAACCUGUGGCCGGAGUGAUGUUAGGAAAAGAAGUAGCAGCUGUGAAAGAGCCAGAGGUUCCCUACAAACUAAACACAGCGACUAAGAUAGGAGGAGUGUUAUCUUCAAUGGAGCAGCAACAGAGAAAGACAGGGAUGUUCAGCCUCAGGGAAAAAGCCAAAGAGGCUAUCUCCUUAAACAAGGAAGGAUUGACGGGGACCACAGAUACAGACAUUUUCAAACACAACAAUGUACCAGAACAUGCAACAGGUUUAGAGAACCAUCCUGAGUACCAAUCGACCCAAACAGCUCAUGAGCCUGGAAAACAACGGUUCUCCCCUAAAGUAGAUGCAACACAAUAUAUGGAGGCAAUGCAGGUGUCUCUUGGUAAUGAAUAUACAAUGGAAAAGAGAGAGGAGCAGAGCAAAGUGGAGGAGAGGACAAAGAGAGAGAAAGAAGAUAUAAAAGAGGUGGAGAGGACGGCUUUGCAGAGAAACAAAGAGAGGGUUGCAAGAGAGGAUGAAGAGUAUCAGAAAGAAAAGGAGAGGAGAGAGCAAAGAGAAGAGCAGAAAGAGAAUGAACUGAGAGAACAACAUAAAUGGAGAGAGGAGAAGAAGAAGGAGGAGAGGACGGAGGAGGAAAGGCGAGAGGUGGUGAGGAGGGAGCAACAACAACAGCAAGAUUUGAAGAGAGAGGCAGAAAUGAAAGAGGAGAACAGGAUAGCGAGAUUGAGAGAAGAAGAGAGGAAAGACAAGGAUAGGAGGGAAAGACUGAGAGAGGAGGAGAAGAAUGAGGAGGAGAGAAAAGAGCUACAGCUACAAAGGGAGGAGGAACAGAAAGAGAAGCGAAGGGCUAGACAGAGAGAAGAGGAGAAGAUGAAUGCUCUCCAGUACUACUCUAUCAGCAGCCCUGAGAACCAGGCCAGACCCAGGGAUAGACCCCUCUUCUCCCCCCAGCCCUCCCCCCACAGAGGGAACCCUGAGGACUGGGAGUACCACGUAAGACCCCACCUCCAUACCUCUCCUGCGCCCCCUUCUACUCGUUCAAACACCUCCUCCCCUGCCCUAGGGGGUAAGCCCACCAUGUUCAGAGUCAAAGACAACACCUUUAGAAGCUCCUCUCUCACCAAGUCAGUCAAACCACGCUUCCAUAAGAGCUUGGGAGAAGAGUUCAGGGUUGGCUCUCCUCUCUGGAGCGGAUCUGAGAGGGGAGACGAGGUACACGAGAGGACAAGAGAGAGCGGGCUUGAAGCUCACAGAGAGUGCACUGGGACUCCCGAAUACCACGAAUCUGGCAUCUCAUCACACCGGCAGACCCGUGUCCGAGACACUCAGCAUGCGGUUGACCACACCGCUCUCUCAGAGCCUACCCACACCCAACCCUACUCCCGCCCCUACUCAAGGAGGAGUGUGGUUUUGGACGACGAUGACUCUCGUUCAAUGAUUAGCAACAUGUCCGGGGAUGUUGAGAGCUAUGCCGCCAGUGUUGCUGACAUGUCCGAGAGGUCCUCAGGCCUGUACGACUCUGAGUUCACCAGCAGGGGGUGCUAUAAUAGGCCCGAUUCAGCCUGUAGCUUCGCCAGUGACGUAGGACGGCCAAUGGGGAAGCCCCCGACUGUUCCCCCUAAAAGUGACAAGGCCCUACGGCGAGCCAAGAGGCUCACAACUCGCAGGAUAAAGAAAGAGUCGAAGCCCGAGACCGAGGUCGAAGCGGACCCAGUCGAGAACCCCGUCCAUGCUGUUGCUAGCGUUCCCUCCUCACCCUCGGAGCUAGGAUCCUCCAACCGCCCAGCUCGCGCCUCCGCCCAUUUCUCUGCUCCUGUCUCCCUGCCCCUUGCCCCCUCUUCCAUCUCCAGUGUGCCUUUUGCUCCAACUGAUUUGAGAUCAUCCCAUCGACAGUCCUUCUAUGCCUCCCCAAAUGCCAAAGCCCCCACCUCCCUUCCCCACGCCUCACCCCACCCCAGAGUCCCGGGGCAAGUGGUAAGUGUGUCCUCCUCCCCCACAUACCAGCCCAUUGCUCACCCCAGACACCUCGUUUCACCCUUGGCCUCGCCCCUCACCUCCCCCAUGAAUGUCCCUCAGUACCAUGUGGACCCCAACUACACUUCCCCGUCCGGCCUCAGCCUUCCGCAGCCUUUCACCCAGAGUCUGACCCAAAAGAAGGUCCUACAGGACCCGGGGUCUGGUCAGUACUUUGUGGUGGACAUGCCCGUCCAGGUGAAAACCAAGACCUUCUUUGACCCGGAGACGGGAAAGUACGUCCAGCUGAAUGUCCGUCAACCAGGUCAGGGUGGCUCUCUGUCUCAGGCCCAACCCCAAGGUUAUCCCCAGUCCCUUCCCGAAGCCUCAUACAUUCAACCCCCAACGUAUCCACCAUACACCCAGUCCAAAGCUUCUCCAGCCGGCCGGCCGUAUGUGCUGUACCAGGGGUAUCCCCAAAACUACCAGUCAUUGCCGGUCUCCUCCCUGUCUACACACAGGUCACAUUCUGGGAUGUCUGUCUUGGAGACUCCCACCCAGGACUGCCAGAAUCCACAUCCCAAAGAGGAGAGUCAGGGUUGGGCUGGGGAUGGAGAAGGGCAGGGAGAGGCCUGGAGCAACCAGGGCUACGGAGGACAAGAGCAGACACCUUACAUGGACACGGCUCACGACACACACAGCCGUCCAGGUGAGGGCACGGUGUACGGCAGUGAUGCUAACUCAGUCCCCCACCGCGACAUCAUCACCAUGAGCGAGCUAGAGGACUUCGCUAUGGAUUCUGGUGACUGGUUAUGAUGCUGAUUGAAAGCGCUUGUUUCAUUGAACUUAUCUUGUCGGUGUGGCAUUUAUACGGUUCCAAAUCUGGGUACACUGCAAGUGCACUGGGAUCCACAAACAUGGUAGAUCUGCGGACUGGAUUAAUCCAGACAAGAGCCUGCCUUCCGGGUGCUGAGUAAUCUGUACACUACAUUCUGGGCUACCUAGAUAUUGACUGACAGGGUGCUGUAUGCUGUUGCCCAACGUUUGGGCUACAAUUGCUCACACUAUGCAUUUUGAGAGGUUUACAUUGUGAAGAAGAUAUUGCACACAUGUCUGCAUUGUGAGCCUUUAACCACACUACCUGAAUGUAGGGUCUAAUGCACAUUAUGGCAAGGGGGCCCAGUGAAACUUAUUGCACAGGGGCCCAUUAUGAUGUAGCAUAUUGAUUUGGCAUAAUGGCGUAGCAUUGCAUCACCUGGAAAUGGACUGGAAUUAACACAACUCGGGUAUCUUUAUAGAACAGAGAUUAAAUAUAUAUAAGAUACUAAAAAGGGUUUAAUGAUAUUACAUGAAACAGAAUGAACUGCUGUGUUUUUAAAUAUUUGAAGACAUAUAGAUGCAAAAACACAGAUUUUGCAGAAACUAUAUAUUAUUAAGAACAUUAGUAACAAGGGUGUUUAUGUGACUUAUUUAAAACCUAUGUUACUGAUUGUUAUUUUUUCAUCUGAAAAUGUCCCUCCUGUGAGAUUUUAUGUAAAGUUUGCUGUUAAAUAUUUUGAUGUUCAUAUUUUUGUGAGUUUGUUAGUAUAAACUGGAGGAAAGCUAAACUGUUUUACAAGAAAAUGUACCAUUCCAUUUUUGUUGGUGAAAUGCUGUCUGGGUAAAUUUUUGGGAUAAAUGUUUCAAGGUAACCUAUAACUUAAAGAAUAUGAAUUCAAUACAAUGGAUAUCUAUUUUCAGUGUUCCUAGCACUUUUGGGGGUGCAGUUUAACACAUUUUUGAAACUCAAGUUUGCAUUAGCUGUUACGUGUUACCUAUGUAAACAAAAUAGAUUUGAUUAUUAUUUAUACCACAAUUUUAUUUUGGUGUGCAUGAAGUCAAACAAUUCAAUGUCAGUUCUGCGACAAUAUCUCAUUAGAAUAGGGGUUCAUUUAAUGGAUUAGACACGUGGCCUUAUUUUCACUCCUGUGCUAGAAAGUGGUCCUCCACCGUCAGUCUUAAAGAGAAUGUAUUACCAUUUCGUAAUGGCCUUUACAGUGGGUGACUAAGGUUGUUCUCACACCUAGCUAGUUUAGUCCAGUUGAGUCGAACCCUGGACCGUUUUAGCCCGUUUUAGCCCGUUUUAGCCCAUGGUCUGUUUAGUUUGGAGAGGUGAGAAUGCUUCGAAAUGAACCCUGGCGUGGCUUCAAGUGAGAAUGUAAUCCAAACCAAACAUAGGAAGCCACCCAAAAAUGCUUUGUAUUUUGGGUUGAAUUAACUAUGUAUUAUGGGAUUAGUGGCGCAAUCGCUGACAUUGUGCCAGCUUGCUACAGUACAAUAAGUCACAUACCACUGGCUAGCUAUCAUAAUGAGUGGCAGAGGACAGAUAUGGAGCAGCAGUGAAGUCAGAUGCCAGCUGGAUAUAUGGGCUGAAGAGAACAUCUCUGAACUGUUGGAAAAAAGUCCACAAAAACUCAGAGUUUAACUAUUCAGUGAUUUCAGAGAACAGUGGGCGUAGUACUGUGUCAAAUGAAACAUUUUGACCACAGUAUAUGAAAAUGUGCAAUGCUUUGUAUCAAACUGACUGACACCUUGUCAUUUACUUUUUUCAAUACUAAUUAUGAUUGUAUUGUAUGUAUUUCAUGUGAUUAAAGAAUGAAGUGUAAUCGUUAAAUAUGUCGAGUACAUAUGUAGAGGUGGGAACACCUCUCCUGCAUUAUUUAUGUCUGAUGGCAGUCCAUCUCCUUUUGAAGUGUAUAAGCACAAUAUCGACAACCCACAGCCUUAACAGGCAUUCAUACUCUAUUUUCUAGAAAGGUUGUUUGGUACAAAAACCAAAGCAAGGUCAAUGCUAGUAGCACACAGCCUACAAUCAAAUGUUGCUUAGGUUCCGUUUAUUCCUUCAGGGGGAUUGUAUUACUAUUUUAGUGCCAAAUAUCAGGCCAAUAAUUAAAGAUAUUUUUCCAACUACAGGGUUUAUAUUUACAAAAUUGUGUCCGCCCAAAUUUGAGCAUUGUGAAACCCUUUCAGAGUGAAUAAGAAUAGAAACAAAUCAUACAACUUUGCUUUAAUUUAGUCUAUGCAAACAGACUAUUAUGUAACAAAACAACCUAAAAUAAGUCAUGAAAAAGUAUAUAAGCAAAUUAAAAAGCUCACAAUCAUAUCUUGGUUAAUUUCCACAGUGCCAUUAAUAACUUUUACAUUUUCCAACAGCAAAAUAAUAAUAAUAUGGCUUUAUAAGAGACAGGAAUAAAAGAUAAGACAUCUAUACAGACAUUUUUCAGAAUGAGAUUCUGAUACAAAGAGUUGGUUAC